AGCAGAGAAGGGAGAGAGGCGGGAGGAGGAGGAGGUGAGAGAAGCAGGAUGGAGGUAUGGAGUUAGGUGGCUUGGGAGAGCGUAAUGAAAAGAGAACGAAGAGGGGGGUGUGGAUAAGAAACCCAGAGGGAACCCGAGGGAGAAACAGAAGGCAGAGAGAGGAGUAGGAAGAUCGCGAGGUAGAGGGAGAAGGAGGGCUCCGGAAGAGAGGAGAGGAAGCGGAGGCAUAGAGAGGGAGGAUAGGAGAGCGGAGUAGGGGCGUGGGGGCGUCUCAGUCCCCGGCUGCCUCAGUAACUGGGGAACUGGGACUCCCUGUGGGUAGGAGAGGAAGGCUGGAAGUCCGGGGGGGUCGGGGUUCCACAAAGAGAGGAAGAAGCUGAGAGAGGGCGGACCAGGGCAUUGGGAAGGGGUCGCCCCGAGGCCUCCCGGGGAUGGGGGGUGCAGCUCGUCUGAACGCCCCUCGAGCGCUGCUACUCUGGGCCGCACUGGGGGCGGCAGCUCACAUCGGACCCGCACCUGACCCCGAGGACUGGUGGAGCUACAAGGAUAAUCUCCAGGGAAACUUCGUGCCAGGGCCUCCCUUCUGGGGCCUGGUGAACGCAGCCUGGAGUCUGUGUGCUGUGGGGAAGCGACAGAGCCCCGUGGAUGUGGAGCUGAAGAGGGUCCUUUAUGACCCCUUUCUGCCCCCGCUGAGACUCAGCACAGGGGGAGAGAAGCUCCGGGGAACCCUGUACAACACCGGUCGCCAUGUCUCCUUCCUGCCUGCGCCCCGGCCUGUGGUCAAUGUGUCUGGGGGGCCCCUCCUUUAUAGCCACCGACUCAGUGAACUGCGGCUGCUAUUUGGAGCGCGUGAUGGAGCCGGCUCUGAACACCAGAUCAACCACCAGGGUUUCUCUGCUGAGGUGCAGCUCAUCCACUUCAACCAAGAACUCUACGGGAACCUCAGCACCGCCUCCCGGGGCCCCAAUGGCCUGGCCAUUCUCAGCCUCUUUGUCAAUGUGGCUGGUAGCUCAAACCCAUUCCUUAGCCGCCUCCUUAACCGUGACACCAUCACCCGCAUCUCCUACAAGAAUGAUGCCUACUUUCUUCAAGACCUGAGCCUGGAGUUCCUGUUCCCCGAAUCCUUUGGCUUCAUCACCUAUCAGGGCUCUCUCAGCACCCCACCCUGCUCGGAGACUGUUACCUGGAUCCUCAUUGACAGGGCCCUAAAUAUCACCUCCCUCCAGAUGCACUCCCUGAGACUCCUGAGCCAGAAUCCUCCGUCCCAGAUCUUCCAGAGCCUCAGCGGUAACGGCCGGCCCCUGCAGCCCCUGGCCCACAGGGCCUUGAGGGGCAACAGGGACCCCCGGCACCCCGAGAGGCGCUGCCGAGGCCCCAACUACCGCCUGCAUGGUAUGAUCCAGUCUGCACCCCCUCCACGUCUUGGUCUAACCCGCCUAUGUGUCUCCCCUUGGUGUCUCAAUAUGAUACAGUCCUACCCCCCUCUGCUGCUCCGUAUGAUCCAGCCUCUUGAGCUCUCACUCGCUCUUUCUCCCUUCCCCCUUUGUGUCAAAGUGGUACAGCCCUCCUCCCGGUCAUAGACCAUUGCUGGUCCAUGAUUUGUCUUCGCUGCUUGCAACUUGGUGUAUAACCCGAGCCCCCUGGUUUCCUUAUGGUACGAUCAAGUACUGGUCCGUGGUGCCUAUUACUAUGGCUUUCCGAAAUGGUACAGCCCGAAUCCUUUUCCCUGUUUUCAUGUGGUACAACCCACCUCCCUUACUGAGAAACAGCAUGGUACAAUCCCCUUUCCCCCCCACUGCCUCCUCGUGGUUCAGUCCAGUGAUCUAACGUCUACCUCUCUGGCUUCUCAACAUGGUACAGCCCAUACCCCCCCCCCGCCCGAUGAAUACCUUCACGUAGUUCCACCUAAUGCUGAAACCGGAUGUCCCUAUUCCACCCUCCUGCUGCCUCCCUAUGGUUCAGCCCAGUACCAUUUCCCCCAGCUUCUCAACCUGGUACAUUCCGGUUCCCCCUUCGCAGCCCUCCCUGUGGUAGAGCCCCGGGCGGCCCACCGCCCGCCCCAUCCCCGCCCCCUGCAUGCUCCCUUCAGGGUCCAUCCUAUCGUGCCCUAAACUAACGUCC